AUGUCUCAGGGUGAAGAAGAUGAGAGGUACUACCAGGUGGCCGCCGUUUUCAAGAAGUUCGGCCAGCCCAACGCUCAGUUCCCUAAGGACCUCGACCUUGAGUACACUGAGCUUCAGAAGCACGUCGCUGCCAUGGGCGGCCUCGGCACUAACAUGGUGUUCUACGCCGAUCCGUUCAUCAAGGCCGGAACGCAGAUUACGCUCAUCAAUGACUACUGGCAGGAGGUCAACCCGCAGAUGAUCACCUACGACCGCAUCAAGAGCGAGGUUCAGGGCGAUGACGCUGCGCACAGCUCCCACACAAAGGUCGCUGGCUGGUAA